AUGGCAGAGGACGAUUUGGUGGUGGUGGAGGACGAUUCGGUGGCAGAGGAGAACAAUUUGGUGGUGGAGGAGGACGAUUUGGUGGUGGUGGAGGACGAUUUGGUGGCAGAGGAGGACGAUUUGGUGGUGGAGGAGGACGAUUUGGUGGCAGAGGAGAACGAUUUAGGAGGAAGAUUUGGUGGUGGUGGAGGUCGAUUUGGUGGGUAUAGAGAUGAAAGGCCUCCUAAAGAAGUCGUGGAGGUUGCAACUUUUCUCCAUGCUUGUGAGGGAGAUGCUGUGACUAAACUCUCACAGGAGAAGAUUCCUUAUUUUAAUGCUCCUAUCUACUUACAGAACAUGACUCGGAUUGGUAAAGUUGAUGAAAUCUUUGGCGCCAUCAAUGAAUCUUUGUUUACCAUCAAAAUGAUGGAAGGUAUUGUAGCUACUUCUUAUGCUCCAGGAGACAAUUUCUUCAUUGACCCUGCUCUAGCUACUUCUUAUGCUCCAAGAGACAACUUCUUAUACAUCAGUAGGGUCAAUCACCGGGUGGCCGUGGUGGUCGUGGAGGAUUCUCCAGAGGUAGAGGAGGUCCUUCAAGAGGACGAGGAAGUUUCAGGGGAAGAGGACCUCCUCCAGGAGGUGGUAGAGGAUUUCCUUCACGAGGCUGUUAUAAAGAGACUAAUGACUGAUGUGUCUUUUGCACAUGUUUUGUAUUGGUUUAAAGUUUCAGAGGACGAUGUGCCUUUUGCACACAAUUUCAGUGAUCAUCUUAUUCUUGGUGAGGAAGGAGGUAUCAUCGGCGACACGUCUUCUGAUUACCUCUGGUGCAUCGAUCCUCUAGGCAGAAAAUUCAUGUCAGUAACACUAAUGCUGGAUCCGAAUCUGAGGCCGUCGUUUGCUCAGCUGACGAAAGUGCUGAAGCCAUUGAACAGGCUCAAGUCUCCUCAUCUUCCAAGCGGAACUGUGCCACAAACAGAGAAGGUGAGGAGCAGUACAGAUGUUAGAGAACCUGCAAGGCCAAGUACAGAUCAAAGAGAGAAGUCAAGAACUAGCACUGAUCAAAGAAAGAUGUCUAAGCUGAGUACAGAGAGUAAGGUUAAAGCGAGUGCGAGUUUUGAUAAGAGAGAAAGAACGAGAAAAAGUGUUGACGGGUCUGAGAGAACGAGUAACGCUACAGAACAGCAAAUACAAACAGAAAAAGGGAGGAAAAGUAUUGACAGGUUUGGGGGGGGGAUGAUAAGAUCAGUAGGAUUGUGCAACAUAGAUUGUUUCAAGCCUACAGCAACAGCUAAAUGA